AAUCGCUCUACUCUUUCUCUGCACACAUAACAAAAGAUAGAACUCUUUUUGUGAGACCAUGUCAGGCGUUUGGGUGUUCAAAAACGGAGUAAUACGCCUAGUAGAAAACCCAAACCAGUCCGGUGGAGUGACGCAUGGCCGAAGGAAUGUGUUGGUUUACUUGCCGACCGGCGAAGUAGUCUCUUCUUACUCGUCACUCGAACAGAUCCUAAUGAGUCUCGGGUGGGAGAGAUACUUCAAUGGAGACCCUGAUCUAAUUCAAUACCACAAACGUUCCUCCAUCGACCUCAUCUCAUUACCAAGAGACUUCUCCAAGUUCAACUCCGUUUACAUGUACGACAUCGUCAUCAAGAACCCUAAUACCUUCCACGUCCGUGAUUUCCACUGAAAUCCACCGAUUAAUUAUCGACCAAUCCGUUUGUUUUGUUCCAACCGAGAAAUUCCAGACAUAAACUCAUAUGGAAUGUAAAUUACGUACUGGUCAGAAGAGAAUAUGUGUGCAGCUUCAAGAAACAAAGAGAUGGCUAUUGGAGUAUCAUCCCUAGUUUGUGUUUAUCUGUUAAUAUGUAAAUUUUCGGGAUUGGUUUUAAUUAUUUGUCCAAGUUUGUUGCAUAUGGUUCUAUCUUCAUCUUUUGUGAGGUUUGUGUGGACGUUUAAGAGUAGUGUUGUCAAGAGGUGGCACAUUACUUGUAGCCGUCGUUGAUUAAUUAGUUUGUUUUGUAGCUUUGAAAUUGUGGUGAUGGAUGUAAGUUGUGUUAACUUUUUUUUUUUUUGCUAAGAAAGUUGUGUUAACUUUGGUUUAAUAAUAUAGAUAUAUAGAUAUUCGAUUCGCAUGAU